UUUUGACAAGGCAUUGAUUGACGCUGGAGUUAGCAUCAAUUUGAUGUCCCUAUCUAUAUUUAAAAAGUUGGGUCUUAGAAAAGUGAAACCAACCUCUAUCACUUUGCAACUAACUGAUAGAUCCAUCACAUACUCUAGAGGUAUCACUAAAGAUGUAUUGGUGAAGGUAAACAAUUUCAUUUUCUUGGUGGACUUUGUAGUUUUGGAUAUAGAAGAAGAUCGAGAAUUACUAUUAAUUCGUGGUUGGUCUUUCUUGGCAACCGAGAGAGUUGUGAUUGAUGUCCAUGGAGGAAAAUUGACACUACGGGUUAAUGAAAAUUAUUCAAGAAGCGAUGCAUUUGCUCCUGGAAGCUACACAGGGAACAAGAAAAUAGUUAACUUUCUCUUACCUCAUGAAGCUCACCUACAAGAGGAAUAG